AUGGAAAUGGAGCACCAAAUGGAAAGCCAAAAGAGGGUCGGGGUGAGCAAAGAGGACUUAAUAUCCGAGGGUCGGACUGGGUCUUUGGGAUGCUUUGGGUGGGUCAUCGUUAUAAUAGUUGGCAUCUUCACAGUGUGUCUCUUCCCCAUCACUAUUUGGUUUUGUUUGAAGAUAGUUCAGGAGUAUGAGCGUGCGGUUAUCUUCCGAUUGGGCCGCAUCACAGACAGGAAGGCAAAGGGACCAGGAAUUUUCUUCAUUUUGCCCUGCACUGAUUCAUGUGUGAAAGUUGAUCUGCGAACUGUUUCAUUUGACAUCCCUCCGCAAGAGAUUCUGACCAAGGAUUCAGUGACAGUGAGCGUGGAUGGUGUGGUGUACUUCCGCGUCAGUGACCCUAUUGCUUCCGUAGCUAAUGUCUCGAAUGCUGACUUCGCCACCCGCCUGCUCGCCCAGACCACCCUCAGAAAUGUCUUAGGCACCAAGAACCUUGCUGAGGUGCUGUCUGACCGCGAGGGCAUCGCUCAUAGCAUGCAGACAAGCCUGGAUGAAGCUACAGAUAACUGGGGUAUAAAGGUCGAGCGUGUGGAAAUUAAAGAUGUGAAGUUGCCUCAUCAACUGCAGAGAGCAAUGGCUGCCGAGGCAGAGGCUGCACGAGAGGCCAGGGCCAAGGUGAUUGCUGCCGAGGGCGAGAUGAAUGCAUCCCGCGCCCUAAAGGAGGCGUCGUUGGUCAUCGCCGAAUCCCCGUCAGCUCUGCAGCUCCGUUACCUGCAGACCCUCAACACCAUCGCCGCGGAGAAGAACUCGACCAUCAUUUUCCCCCUGCCCAUUGAUGUCCUUUCUCACUUCAUGCGCAAGUAG